AUGUCAACCUCAUCGUGCUGCACGCAAUCUCCUUGCCGCCGGGCGAAUUCGGCGGCAAGGAGAUUGAGGACUUGUUCUGGGGCAGGCUGGAUCCCACGGCGCACCCCUAUUUCCGGCGGCUUGCGGACGUGCGGGUAUCGGCGCAUUCUGGUCCGCUGCGACGCAAAGAACUGGUUGGCAAGUCGUGAGCACGUCAUGGAGCGCGCCUGGCAUGACGGCCGAGAUCCAAACAUCGGGGACAAGAGAACUGCAACGACUUCUCGGUGGGACUCGAACUGGAGGGCGAUGAAGUUACACCGUUUACCGAUAGGCAAUACAAUCAGGCCUGUGCUGCUAUCGUCGCGUUGCGGGCCGGCCUGCCGUCCUUGCAAAGCGCCCCGGUUGUGGGCCACAGCGAUAUUGCCCCCGGGCGCAAAUGGGACCCGGGGGCAACCUUCGACUGGGGAAGGAUGCGGCAGGAUUGGCCCGGGUUGGAGGGCGUGA